UUAUCAUGUGAAUACAGACCAAUUUUAAAUUUUGGAUCAUUAAAGGGUGGUUGUUUUAAAGGUAAAAAUUAUGAAUGUUCAACUAUUUCAUAUAAAGAGAAAACUUGUUUAAUUUUCGAUAAUGGAACGAUAUCUUAUUUUUCAGAUAACGAAUAUGUAGAAAUACCUUCUUAUGUUUGUAUGGGCGAUGUUACAUAUGAAAGAUCUGUAGUAGUGCAUGCUGUAACCAUUAAUGGUGUUUACGAUUCGAACCUAAAGUCAAUUUAUGCGCCAAAUCUAAGACAGUCA